CUCCGGCUCGGCGCUGGCUGCGCGCGCAGGCGCGGCACCUGGCGGUGACUCGGGGCUCGGCGUCACCAGGACAACCGGCCUCGCCGCAGCGCGUUUGCCAUGGUUUUCUCAAAUAAUGAUGAAGCCCUUAUUAACAAAAAGUUACCCAAAGAACUUCUGUUAAGAAUAUUUUCCUUCUUGGAUAUAGUUACUUUAUGCCGAUGUGCACAAGUUUCCAAGGCAUGGAAUGUCUUGGCUCUAGAUGGAAGUAACUGGCAAAGAAUAGACCUUUUUAACUUUCAGACAGAUAUAGAGGGUCGUGUGGUAGAAAAUAUAUCCAAAAGGUGUGGUGGGUUCCUCAGACAACUUAGCUUGAGAGGCUGCCUUGGCGUUGGAGACUCAUCCUUGAAGACCUUUGCACAGAACUGUAGGAACAUAGAACAUUUAAAUCUAAAUGGAUGUACAAAAAUUACUGACAGCACGUGUUACAGCCUUAGUAAAUUCUGUUCCAAGCUGAAACAUCUGGAUCUGACAUCGUGUGUAGCCAUCACAAACAGUUCUUUGAAAGGUUUAAGUGAGGGUUGCAGAAAUCUGGAACAUUUGAAUCUUUCCUGGUGCGAUCAGAUUACGAAGGAUGGUAUUGAAGCACUGGUGAAAGGGUGUAAUGGACUAAAAGCACUAUUUCUUAGAGGUUGCACACAGUUAGAAGAUGAAGCACUGAAACAUAUUCAGAGUCACUGUCACGAGCUUCUAAUCUUGAAUUUGCAAUCAUGUACACAAAUUUCAGAUGAAGGCAUUGUAAAAAUCUGUAGAGGAUGCCACAGACUUCAGUCACUCUGUGUUUCUGGUUGUACAAACCUUACAGAUGCUUCUCUCACAGCGCUUGGUCUGAACUGCCCAAGACUGAAGAUUUUGGAAGCUGCAAGAUGUUCCCACUUAACCGAUGCAGGUUUUACACUUUUAGCACGGAAUUGCCAUGAACUGGAAAAGAUGGACUUAGAAGAAUGUGUUCUGAUAACAGAUAGUACAUUGAUACAGCUCUCUAUUCACUGCCCUAAAUUGCAAGCAUUGAGCUUAUCUCACUGUGAGCUAAUCACAGAUGAUGGGAUUCUGCAUCUGAGCAACAGUACCUGUGGUCACGAGAGGUUACAGGUACUGGAGCUAGACAACUGUCUUUUGAUCACCGACCUGACCCUAGAACAUCUGGAGAACUGCCGCAAUCUGGAGAGAAUCGAGUUAUAUGACUGUCAGCAGGUCACUCGAGCAGGAAUCAAAAGAAUCAGAGCUCAUCUACCUCAUGUGAAAGUUCAUGCUUACUUUGCUCCAGUUACUCCACCUCCUUCUGUAGGAGGUAGUGGACAGCGACUCUGCAGAUGCUGCAUUAUUCUUUGACAAUAGUUAACAUCAGGCUAAGGAAAACAUUUCCUUUGGCUGUGGAAGAAGAGAAUCAGACUGCAAGUGGUUUGCAGAGUCAGUUUCCUGACUGCCAUAGCAAUGAUGUGUCAAUCAUCCAAUUUUUUGCUGGUAAUGACACCAAGAAAGACAUUUUUCCAGGUAAAAGGCUUAAGGAUUGAGUUGGUGAUGCUUUUUUUUUUUUUUUUUUUACUCUUUUGCCUCCACCAUCCCCCAUUGGCAUAACUGUGAUACUGUAUGGCAAUGUUACUUGGGUAUUUCAAAGUAGUGAAUGCUCAGUGAAAGUACCAAUACCAUAAGCCCCACUCAAUGGAGCUAUUACUCAAUGUAAAAAAAUGUUUAAUACAAUUCAGAGUUUCUUAUGUCAGUCAUACGGGGAGAGGGGGGGUCCAAACUGCUGUUCUACAACAUAUUCAUAACACGACUAAAUCUUGUCAGGUUUAAAGACAAAUCAGCUUUAGUAGAUAGACCAAAAAUGUAAUGGGGUUCCUUGUUUUUCAUGAUACAGCUUAAAUUUUAAAUAAACAGCAGGUUGAUUGCAUGUAACUAAAGAGAAGACAACUAUUUAGAAGUCUGUAGAAAAUAUUUUCCCAAGAUCAGGGAAAUGCUGUUGUAAAGGGAUUGCAAAGCAGGUAAGAAUGGGAUGGGUACGUUAUAUUGUAUAUGCUCUAGCUGAAAAGUAUCUACAGUGUUUGUUAGAUGGCCAUUAUCAUUCUGAGCCUGUCUCCAGUUUGUAAGGAGAAA